UGCGUGUGAGUGAGUGUGUGUGUGUGUGAGUGAGUGUGUGUGUUGCUGCGGAUUUCCAGCACCUGCAGACUUCCUUCCGAUUCUGAAAAACCCGGACACGGGAACAGGAAGCUCUGGUCUCACAGCAACCGGUUUGUUAGUUAUUUGUCGGGAGAGGGAUGCAGUGAGCGAGCAGAGGCACGUCGAGAAGGAGAGGGACUAACUGAACAGAGUGAGGGGGAUACCCUGGGAAACAGAGAGAGAGAGGGGCACCCCUGUCUUUGGACACUCUGUACAGCCGAGGACACCGGGAUAUUCGGCCAGACGAUCGACCAUGCCGGGACAGUGUUCACGAGUGCGACUCCCCGUGCAGGAGCAGAUCUGGGAUUUGCAGAAAAAAAUUCAGCUCUUGGAGGGUGAUCGGAAGGCUUAUUAUGAAACUUCGCAAGAUAAAAUCAAGAAAAACAAGGAGACUGUUCAGCACCUGAGACAAGAGAUCAAGCAGCUGCAUAGAGCACUGGCUGGAGCACUGAUGAGUGAUAAGAAGUUUGUGCAAGUUUCAUUUCAAGAUCACCAUGACAAAGUAGCUCUGAGGAACAAGAGUGGAAAGGAUAUCAUGGUGGUUAUGGAUCAGAAGGUGUGUGAAAAGGCAAAGCGCCUCAACGCUCUCAAGCAUGAGACAGAAAUCAAGAAGAAGCAGCAGUUGAACCUGGAGCUACAGUACAACAAGAAGAUGGAGGAGGCUGCCUUCCUGCAGGCAGUGGAGGAGAACUCGUCGGAGGAAGCACAGACCCUGCGGCUGCUUGAGAACCGUUUGGAGAAGACACAGCUGAAAUCUGGUGAGGCAUCACACGUGAUGAAGGUGUAUGAGACACUCAAGGCCCACCUGCAGGAGGAGAGUGUGACCUUUCAGAAGCAGCUGGACACACUGGAAGCUGAGAUCCUGCAGCAUCGGCAGCAGCUGAAGGAGCUGCAGGCCAUAAACAACGAUGCUCAGCUCUCUCGCGACGCUGCUAAGGCGGAACUCCGGCAGCAGGAAGAGGUUAUGCAGAAGGAACGCCGGGAACGGGAAAAGGUACUCAGUGAGUACAAGAAGCUCGCCGAAGAAAAGAGAACACAAGCGGAGCGUGCAGAGAGACGAGCAUUGCGAGCAACUACUCAUUCAGAUGAGCUGCACUAUGAGAGACCGGAGACUGAGGACAUGGCAGCUGAGGGAAGGUCCAACAACACACUAACAGAAUCCUUCCAAUGGAUCAAAGCAGUCACUGGUGUUACUGACGUCCAGGACAUAACGAAACACUACAUAAUGCAGGGCGAUACCUUGAAGCACCUGCAGCAACUGGAGCUGGAGAAUAAGAAACAGUUGGUACAGUUAAAGGAGGAGAAGGAGAGGCUGAAGGAAGAGUAUGAUCAUCUGAAAUACUCUGGGGAAAGCAAACUCUCCAGUGAGCAGAAGCUGUUAAUGGAGCUGCAAGCACACCUGGAGGAUGAGCAAAAACGACGAGACAAGCUACUGGAGGAUCUUGAGUACAUCAGCCGGAUCACUCUGUCUAUUAAAGCUGGCAUGGAGCAUCUCUCUGAAAAAAUGCAACAUGUGGAAGUCUCGCAGGAUAGCAUUCCCGCUGUGGUCCUGAGCCCCGGCUCAGAUGAGUACGUGCUGGACCUGCUGUCAGCAACCGAGGCUAAGCUGCUGCAACUCCAUCAACAGCUCAGUACGCUUGACCGGAACAACAUGCUGCAGUUGAUGGAGGAGGAUGAGUUCCACGCCAGUGUGGAAGGCAAACUCCCUCCCUACAAUAUGCGGGUGAAGCUACCUGUGGCUCAAAAGCUUGAUGUAUACGAGGGUGCCGAGGAUGAUGAUGACGACAAUGAUGACACUGAUGAAGAUAAUGACAGUGGAGACAAUGCUGGUGACAUUAUCACAAGGGCAAUGCUGAAGCGACAGUCACAGCAGAUUGUUGAUUGGAAAACCAAGAGGAAGUCUCGCCCCAAAAGGAGGAAGGCAAAACACAGAUCGGCUCACGAAGGAACCCCUCUGCCUCGUCCCAUCCUUGUUCGCUAGUCCCGCUGUGCCUCUGGCUCGCAGGUUGUAGGUAGCUUGUAACAGUCCAAGAAGGUAGCCAGAGGAACUGAGUGACGGAGGAUUUGCAGCAUGUGGUAAUUUGAAGCAAGCAGUAGAUUAGAAUCCCGUUGGAGUCUGUGCAGCAGACUCAGAGUUUUUUACUUCAGCCCACACCAGGAAACACAAUGAGGUCAUCGCUAGUGGGAAAAAACUUCAAAAGUACCAAUUCUGAAACAAUAGUAAAUUCUGCAAAUUUUCAGUAGAAACAAUUUGCAUUUGAGUGAGAGAGUGGUAUUUUAAAGAUCUUUAAUCAGAGGCUAAAGGACCUACUCUUCCCCCAUUAUUUCAGUACAAUGUAAAUGUUAAAUGUUAAGGGUGAAGAUCAGACAAUAUCUUUUGUCUAGUUUAAAAAAAAGGAUCAGAGAAAGGGCCUGCAAGGUGGAGUAGACUUGAACUAAUCAAAUAAAUAAUUUCAAACUUUGUGAAGUUUAUUGGAGAUCCUGAUCUGGAUACCAGGGCAUAUGCAGUAGAUAAUUGGAGUUUGCAAAUUUCAGCCCUAUAGUGGCUUUUAGUUGAUAUCCUCCAUUAGCCCACCUCAUUCCAGUUGCUACUGAAAUCUGUCAUAAAAAUUCUUACCAGAUUUGACAGGGUGGAUGACCUAAAAUGCUGGAAAGAGUGAGCAGGUCACAGCAUCAUAAUGAUGGUUAGAGUGAGAUGCUGCCUGGUAUACUGAGUAUUUAUAACCAUUUCUAUUUUUAGUUCAGAUUUCCAGCUUCUGCAUUUUUUGUUUUGAUUUGAAUUUUAUUGACAGGGUUGAUGCAUUAGGGUAAUGUUUUCUCUGGCUGGGUGGGAAGGGCAGGGGCAGGACUGAGGUUCAGAACAGGACUAGGCUAGUAAGGACAGGAAUGGGAAGAAAUGUAUUCAUUCAGAACUCAAGGAGUGGAUGCUCAGUCAAUAGGAUCAAUGAUUCAAGUGCUUCCAUUUCAUAUCAGAGAAUGUAUACAGUGUACAACCUGAAAUUCAUACUCUUCACAGCCAUCCACAAAACAGAAAAAAAAAACCCAAGGAACGAAUGACAGAAACAUCAGAACCCCAAAACUCCCCCCGUCCCCUCCCACACACGUAUCAGCCUGCCCCCCCCCACUUGCUCCAGCAAAAGCACCGACCCUCCCUCCUCCUCCUCCCCUGCCAUGCAAGCAAUAGCAAAGCCCCCAAAGAGACGUUGGUCUAGAGUCCAAGCCAACAUUUUGGUAUCUCAGGUAGGCUCUCUCUCAAUAGUGAGGGAGAGAGAGGGACCACUCCUGCGAUAAACGAGAGUGGGAGACCAGCCCCUUGCUGUGGCAACGUUACAAUCUUCGGCAUCACUUCAACGUUACGAUCUUCUGCUUUGCUUCUCUAAGUCCCCUCACUCGAGGGCCGACAGGCUCUCGCACACCAUCAAACGAGCAAGAGAGGCUAUGAAGGGAACUGACAGAUGUCAACCAGGCAACAGAGGGAGAGAGAAGACGCGAGCGGAGGGAGUUGGUCAACUACCAGAAGGAGUGGACGGAGUGUGGGUCUGAGGAUCCACGAUGCUCAGACGAGGUCAAUGGGGAAUGAUUGGACAGAACCAUGAGCUCCAACGUGCAUGUUAGACCGUUUCAUGUGAUUGGGCCCUUUUUCUUUUUUUUGUUUCUUUACUAACCUAUAGUCAAAUUAAGAAUUAUAAAGCUCAAUCGUUCAGUUGCA